CAGUCUGCUGCGCGGUAGGGGUGUGAACACAUACCCAGACACACACACGCACGCAGAUAGACACAGACACACACGGCACUUGGUUCUCACCAGAGACGCUUUAGUCACACAGCAAGCAGAGCAGAAGACGGUCAACCUCUCACCCACCUCGGGAGACGAAGUCAAAAGGCGCAGCCAUGGGGAAAGGAUGCAUCACAGUCACCAAGUACUUUCUAUUCCUCUUCAACCUCCUCUUCUUUAUCUUCGGAGCACUGAUCAUGGGCUUUGGCCUUUGGGUCCUCUUUGAUAACCAGAGCUUCAUUGCUGUUCUACAGGAAUCUUCAGACACAGUCAAAGUGGCUUCCUACAUCCUCAUUGGAGUGGGCUCCUUGUCAAUGGCCAUGGGCUUCUUCGGCUGCAUUGGAGCCAUCUACGAAAUCCGUUGUCUGCUGGGUCUGUACUUCACCUGCCUCCUCCUCAUCCUCAUUGCUCAGGUCACUGCUGGAGUUCUCAUUUACUUCCAAAGAGAUCGGUUGAAACAUGAGAUGUCCAACAUCAUAAAGGGCAUGAUAGUCAACUACACAGGUCAGAACAGAACCACAGAGCACACCUGGGACUACAUUCAGAAGACGAUGAAGUGCUGUGGAUGGACUGGUCCGGGAAACUGGACUGAGAACAUUGUGAUCAGGAACAGCACUCAGAGGCUCUACCCUUGUUCCUGUCGCAACGAUUCCCUGCCUGGAACAGAUAUCAAGCUGGUUGGCCUCUGUGAGCACCUGUCCCCAAAUCCACCCAUCUAUGAAAUGGGCUGUAUAACCAGUGUGGAGAAAUGGCUUCUGGACAACUGUGGAGUUAUUCUGGGAAUCUGUGUCGGUGUGGCAGUCGUGGAGCUCCUCGGAAUGAUCCUCUCCAUGUGUCUGUGCAAGAGUGUCGUCCAGGAGGAUUAUACCAAAGUACCGAAGUACUGAGCUGAAGACGGAGCCAGCUUCACACCACACACAGAUGGACCGACUCUUUUCUUCUCUCUCACUCUCCUUGUCUCACAUUCUUACGAACACACACACAAAUUAAGACAGCUGUCUCCACCACUUGAGCUUCUCCUGCCGCAACAGCUGUGCAGAUUUCUCACGCUCCACAUGUCCCACACACGCAUAAACACACACACCUCUCAAUCAAGCUUGACACACUUGUUGGACUCCACAAGUUACCAUUGUUGUCUUAUCAUUUCAUUUAUGAUGUCUCUAAUAUUUUAAUGGUGAAAGCCUGAGAACUUGUGCCGUUUGAUACUAUGCAAAUGUUCAUUAUUGUGUUGUUUUUGUUUUCCUUGGCUGACCUCAGUGAAGCGCUUAUCAUAGUAGUAGAGAGAGCACUUUAGUGACAUUUGGUGAGCUGUGAGCCAGAGCGUCUUCUGACUCUGGGGCUCGGAGAUGAGCGGGAGAAGGGGAGAGUGUGGGUGGCUGCGUGGUAGACGCUUUUCAAGGAUUAAUGCCACUAUGUGAUCCUGCAGCUGGUAUUUUUGGUGCAGAGGGUGGAGGAGAGGCCCAGGGCAGAGCCAGGGCAGGGCUGCUGUGGUGGAGGUUUUGGCUUCUUUCAUCAGUUCCUUGUACCCAGUAGCCCUGAUAUUAACCUCUGUUUACACCCACUGCCACCGCCUCCUCCUCGCUCCCGCUAUCCAUCUGUUAGCGUCUCUAAAUCACGUCCUCGCGGGUGUGUCUGACUGGUAACCAGUAGCUUUCCCAAAAUGACUAGUUUUGCAUGAAGUAAAUGUGUGUAUGAUGUGUUGAGUGAGUAUUUUAAUUUCUUUUUAUUCUUUUUUUUGUUAUAUUCUCUGUUAUGUCAUUUUUUACAACUGUACAUAAGACUUCGGUAAGGGAUUAUGGCACUUUAGUGCUUGGUCAGCAUUUUAAAUGGGAAAGCUGUCACCCACAUGCUCUUGUUUAAGAGUCCUAUUGUUCUUAGUUUCCUGUCUGUUGUUUAUGAUGUAUAGAAUGUGGCUUCCACAGCAGCUCGUCGGCACUAUUUAGGUCUGAAUCAGAGAAAUCGGAACUCUUUCGCGUGAAUAUGUCAUCGCCCUUGAAGCUAUAUUUUCAUUUCUUCAGCACAGCGUGAGUUUGCGAACAGCCAACCUACCAUGGCAUCUUUAUUUAAGCUCCUCACGCUUCCUCCAUUUUGAAAAAGCAAGUUUUUCACCAUCAUAGCAGCUGUGUGACCACAAUGUACUUUCCCUUCUCUGCAGGGGAAUUGUUUGUUUUCCAAGAAACCAAUUUGCCUGGUUUAUAUUAUUGGUAACAAGACCAGAGAAAACGUUGGAAGCCAGCAGUGAUUGCAUAUUUCAGAUUGAUUUUGUACUGCUAUGAGCAGAAAAAAUUGUGUUCAUUAACUUGUGCCAUCUUUGCUGGAAAUGUUGUUACAAAAAUGCCGCAUUGGGUUCGCUCAUUCAACUUUAUCCAUCUCGUCAUGUCAGUCCCUCAGCUUCCCUUCAAACACACUAUCAUGGAUGAAUUUAUGGUUAUUUCAGCAGUUAUGUUGCACUUUUAUGUUGGUAGUUUUUCAUGCCUCACAUAAGUCAUUUCAAAAUCAUGUUCAUCAUGCUGCAAUUACACAAGAGGGAGGAGACUAUUCGUUAAAAGAAAAAAGAAAAACUCUCAUGUCUGUAAGAGUGAAAUUCAGCUUCUGUUUUCUGACCUGCCAAAUUGAAAGAUUAAUUUAAGUUAAAAAGAGAUGAAGGCUUUUUACUGUUUGUUUAAGAUAUUUUUUACACUUUUUACAAAAAAAAUGAAUGAGUCAGUGUAGUACAAAAAACAUUUUGUGGACCUGUAUGCCAUGUUUGAAACCUUUUUGUUACUGAGAACUAUUAAAUAAACCUGAACAUUGGUAACACAUCUUGA